AAUUCUUUCGGGCUUUUCUUAUUGCGUUUUAAUUCUGAUAAUCUUUGCUACAGCAUUUUUUGCGGAAUCUACAAGAUGCGGAUAGGAUUUAGACAUACAUAUGGAUUAGGGUGUACGAAUAUGUACGAAGCUAUGGUGUAAUUGUACGUGUACAAUGGAAAUAUUGCAUUCUCUUCGAAGAUAUUUAUAAAUAUCUAUCUCUGCCUAGUCCAUAUAGUCGGGCAAAGUCGUGUAAAACUAGAAACGUAUUACGAAGAAUAACUUUACGCAUUUGUCACGUAAUUCGUUUAACGGAAAUGAAAAAUAAAACAAAAACGUAAAGUGAAGAUGAUGUAUUGAACAUUUAACGAAACUUCUAGCGUAUUCGCGAUAUCUUAUUCCAUUGCAAAUUUAAACCACGUGACAACACGAAUAGGGGUACUUAGAUACGCGGGAUGCGAUUAUAUUUUUAUAAAUGGACGAUUUGUGUCGCCGAGUUGAGUUGUUCCAUGCAUGUUACCCUAUCCUAAGGUUAGCAGAUGAAACGAUGGAAUUACCCAUCUGUCAUUCAAUAUGAAAGCGGCACGAAACAAGUGUCCAUCUUAAUCCGGACGAUUAACCUUUCGCGAGUUUUCAUUCGAUACUCGACCUCUGUGACAAUAGCACGUUACUCUUUUCUCUGUUGCUACAAUGUGACGAGUUUGCUUUUUUGUAUAUUUUAUUCUUCUUACUCCGUUGUAAACAACAGAUUUUGUGAAAAUCAAAAGAAGAGAAACCUGUUCCAGUGAAUAAGUGAAAGAGCAAGAGGGAGAGAGAGAGAGAGAGAGAGAGAGAGAGAGAGAGAGAGAGAGAGAGAGAGAGGAGGCAAAGGAAAAGCCAAGUACCGUAAACAAUAUUUAAACAAUUUUUAAUUAUCUCCGAUUAUUAAAUGACACAACAAAAAUUCAGUCCAAUUUACGAGCAUAUCGUAAAACAUUCCUCCACGGGAUAUACAUUAGGAACUAGGAACGAGGUUUACGCAGAAUUCCUGAUGCGAAUUUGAAAAGAGCGAAAAUGAAACCUAUACUGAUAGUAAUAAAUUGUGCACUGUUGCUACUAACAAGUGCAAGUAAUAUUAGUGAACAAUGUAAAAUUCAAAUGACAACGAUCAGGUGUCAUUGUACCGGAAACGAGGAAUUUUUACUGCCAGAAGGAUACAACUAUGAAAAUGUGACAAGUAUACAAAUUGCAUCUUGUACAAUUGCAAAUCUGCAUUUUUCUAGUUUACCAGAAGCGAGUCAAAUUACAGAAAUAAUUGUACAAAAUAUCAGCGAACGUUUGAUUUUCGAGUUAUUUUUAACAUCGAAAAGAAUGAAGCGGCUCAAAUUAUCGAAAAUUCGGCGAAUACCAUUAAUUACUCACGACACGUUCAUCAAGUUGAACAGUAUUGAAACGCUACGAAUCGAGGAUACACGAAUCGAUAAUUUCGAAGAACUAUUCACCGACAUAGCAGUAACUAAUUUUUUCAUGAUCAAUGUUACCAUCGAACGAAUCAAUGAGCUAAGUUUCUUGGAAAAGGGACAAACUCUGUACAUUAAAAACAGUGAAUUUCAAAAUGUUACUGGUUCAUUGAAUUUCGCUUAUUUUUCAACAGUAGAGAUUUUCCACUCCAAGUUUCACUUACAGAAACCGGGUUACAUAUUGAUCGAAGGUAAUGUCGUAUACAUCGAAAAUUGUGUUUUUUCAAAUUCGAGCACAAACGUAGUUGCCGCAAAAAGCAUUAGAAUAAAUGAUACUUGUGCAGAUGGGAAAAGUUCUAUGAGACUGUCAUCGAAUAACAUUAAAAGUGUAAACAAUCGAUCGCCUACUGAAAUCAUUUAUACCAGGAAUAGAAAUGAAUCGGAAUAUUUUUUCAAUCGAAAUAACACAGUGUGUAUCGCUGGAAACUGCAAAUGUCCGAAAAACAGCAGUCAAAGUACGCAGUUGAUAAGUUUAUUUCUCGCGUUUGCCUUUCAAUUUUUCUUCCCAAUAGCCAUUCUGUUAUCUACGUUUUCUUAAUUCAGAUAAGAAUCUUUCUGAUGCUUCUUCGCUCUUUAACUUUCCAAACCACUAUAUCGUGCGCACUAAUAAGAACUUCUAAUCAUUAUAUAAAAUGUGUUUUCUUUUAAAGAAAGAGCAAUCUCUCUUCAAAUAUGCAAUUCUCUAUUCGCGUGAUUUUAAUCACUUAUU